GGCAGCAGAGGCGUGGACCGGCGAGGCGAACCGUAGAAGAAGAAUACGAACGCGUCAUUGUUUUGGUUUGUUUCCUCUGCAGAAAAGUGGGGCCAUAAACACUAACAACCGAGAACAAACACUAACACAUCUUUUAAAUUGUAAACAUAACAAGAUCGUCACCAUGACAACAAAACGUGGACUGAUAACCGAUUCAUUUAAAGUGGUGAAGAAGUCAAAGAGAGGGGGAAAGCGAAAGAAGAGUCCCACUCCUCCUCCAGCACAGCAAGAAGAUGUCACUACAACUGUCAGAGAGGAGGAGAUGCAGCAGCUCAAACAGUUUGACUUGGACUGGAGAUUUGGGCCCUGCACGGGCAUCAGCAGGAUGCAGAGGUGGGAGAGAGCAAAGCUUCAUGGCCUGAACCCACCUGAGGAAAUCAAAGAUCUGGUGCUGCAAACACACGAUGAUCCCGAGUACUCCAUGAGCCUCUGGAGAGAAUAUCCUUUCUGAG